AUUCAGGUCUUGAAAGUGUUGUUUUUAAAACUAUUGUAUUUGACACAUUGGGUAAACAACUUAUAAUUAAUUUUUCAGAAUCAACUAAAUAUCCACUUAAACAGCUUGAUUCAUGUAAAACAACCUGGGCAAAAACAUUUACAG